AUGUCCGCCAGCUUAUUCUCCCGACGGGCACUGCAGGCCACCACGAGGCGGUUGGCAGUAGCCAACCCCUCCGCCUUCACCAAGACUCCCUUGUCGCGAUGGUCAGCUCCGGCAGCUAUCGCAGUUGGCCAGAACGUGCAGUACAGCACUACGACCGAAGCAACCCAGGAGUCACGAACCUCCGCAUGGACGAUCAGUCGUCGUUCGACUUCUCCCACCUCUCUGCAUCCUAUUCUACCCGUCUUCCGCUGCACGAUCUCCGAACCUCCCACCCAUUUGUGUCGGCGGCCAAUGCUAACCUACAACGUUUCCUCCAGACCAGCGGCAACGACCACCAACAUCACCCCGUCAGCCGGUGAAGAGAUCCUCGCCGCCCAGCGCCGCAACCGACCCGUGUCUCCUCACCUCUCCAUCUACCGGCCCCAGAUAACGUGGUACAUGUCCAUGUUCCACCGAAUCACGGGCGCGACGCUGUCGGUGGGCGUCUACGCCUUUGGCGCCGCGUACCUGAUCGCCCCAAUGCUCGGCUGGCACCUGGAGAGCGCGACCCUGGCUGCCAGUUUCGCCAGCCUGCCCAUCCUCGCCAAGAUCUCGCUCAAGACUCUCGCCGCCUACCCUUUCACCUACCACUGCUGGAACGGCAUCCGACAUCUCGUGUGGGACACCGGUGCCGCCAUGACGAACAAGCAGGUCAUCGUGACCGGAUGGACGACCGUGGGUCUGGCUACCGUCAGCGCUUUGGCUUUGGUCUUUAUGUGA